AUGGAUCCCCUAAACGUGAAAGUGCAACAGAAACUCAAAGAGCUCGAAAGCCUCCAACAGAUAAGAGACUUGACCAAACACCUCAACACUUCACUGGAAGAAUUUGCUGGUCAAAUAGAACUUCUGGGGGAAGAAGCAGGAUGCAUCGAAACCGUGACACAGAAUUGGAUGAGAAUCAUCAGAGCAGUUAGUCUAGCAUCUAACUCUUUAACAAACUAUAGGGAAGAGGACUACGAAACAGAUAGACCGAUGACGGAGCGCCUUGUCAGAUGCAAGAUAGACGAGAGUCAAAAGAUCAUCACCAAAAAUUGA